AUGUAUUUAUCUCUUACUAUCGUCAUGGAUAAUUAUGCAUGCUCUCAAUUGGCUGUGAUAGCUAUCAUAUUUAAUGAGACAAAGAAAACCUAUCAGUGGAUUCUGGAGUGCCUAUUAUGUGCUACUAAUGGUCUUAUGCCAAAACAGCAUGGAGCAAAUGUCAAAACAGUUUUUCUGAGUAUGAAUUUAAAAGAUGAUG